UGUUUCCCAGCUCUCUUAUCAUCAUCUGCCUUAAUCCUCAUACAUACUCCUCAUUAUAGCCAGCUUCUAUCUCUGCGACAAGCCUUCAGCUUCUUCGGUCCUCUAAUCGAUUGGAUCGGACUCACUCCAGUUUCCAAGUUUGAGAACUCAGAACGUACAACCGUCUCCAUUCAAAGGUGACAGCAAAUUGAUUUCAAAAAAUCCCUUUACAUCUCUGCAGGCGCGAACAAGUACAAUCUAAUUCGUUCAAUUCGUCGCGUCAUUGGUAUUUGUGAAUUGGCUCGAGUAGGAUCUUGUUUGGGGCGCUAGGAAGCCGUUUUUAAAUACAGUAGCAGUUUCAUUCUGGACCUCAAAGAGAAUCAAGCUACCCCCUUUUGGUUAUCAACGUCCCCUUCCUUCCACCCUUCUGGACCCGUUCCACUUAGAACCAACGUCGUCCGAGUGAUUUUACAAACCCUCCUUAGGACACUAAGCGCCUUAUCGUCAUGCCUGCGGACUCGCAUGAUGGUGCCGAAAUUCACCUCGAUAUCACGGACGUGGACGCCCCCGGUCAGGAUUCUAAUCUGACGCUAAGCUCGCAUUCAAGUUCCUUUGGGAGCCAUGGCGAGCGGAUUGAAGCAGGCGUCGAUCAAAAAGAUGUUCCACUGAAAGAAGAUCCUCGAAUUGAAUCCAAGGUCGAUGUCCAACAAGCAGAAAAAAGUUUUGCGGAGUUGCGGCGUCAGCUCACACAAGCUUCUUCAGCACAUUUAUCGGCGGAGGGAGGCUCGAAGGAUCCGGAGAAACAAGACGGCCAUGUGGCAUUCGACCUGCUACAGUAUCUGCGGCCUCCUUCCCAAUCGCACGAUGCACUUCACGUACACCCCAAGAAAUUAGGUGUUGUCUUUGAAAACCUCGGAGUCCUCGGUGCCGGCGGUAUGAAACUUCCGAUUCGAACUUUCCCAGAUGCUCUUAUGGGCCUUUUCAUGGCUCCGGUCGUAGCGGUCAUGAUGAGGCUAAAGAGCUUUCCUCCAAAGCAAAUUCUAUAUCCGAUGAGCGGCUUCCUUAAGCCCGGAGAGAUGUGUUUAGUUUUGGGUCGGCCGAACAGCGGAUGCUCGACCUUUUUGAAAGCGAUCGCUAAUCAAAGGAUCGGUUUCAUCCGGGUUGAUGGCGAUGUCACUUACGGUGGACUACCCGCGGACGUCAUGGCAAAACAGUUCAAGGGAGAGGUUGUCUAUAAUCCGGAGGAUGAUAUACACCUUCCUACGCUGACUGUAGCUCAGACACUCAAGUUUGCUUUAUCCACCAAAGCUCCUGGACGUCUCUUACCUCAUCUGAGUAAGAAUGCAUUUAUUGAGAAAGUGAUGGAUAUCUUUCUUCAGAUGCUAGGGAUCAGCCACACUAAAAACACCAUGGUCGGAGACGCUCAAGUGCGAGGGGUGUCGGGAGGUGAGCGCAAGCGCGUCUCUAUUGCCGAAAUGAUGGCCACUCGUGCUUGUGUGUUGUCGUGGGAUAAUUCUACACGAGGUCUUGACGCGUCAACUGCCUUGGAAUAUGCCAAGUCUCUUCGCAUUCUGGCGAAUAUUUUUUCUACCACGAUAUUUGUUACAUUGUACCAAGCCGGUGAAGGUAUAUAUGAACAAUUCGACAAAGUCCUCCUGCUCAACGAGGGACGAAUGGCUUAUUUCGGACCAGCCAAAGAAGCACGUCCAUAUCUGAUCAGUCUGGGUUACAAGAAUCUACCUCGACAAACAACAGCCGAUUAUCUCACUGGCUGCACUGACCCGAAUGAGCGACAGUUCCAGGAUGGUAUCGAUGUUAAUAAGAUCCCUCAAUCACCUGAAGAAAUGAACCUAGCUUACCUCAACAGUAGUAUCUAUCAAAGGAUUGAGGAAGAAAGACUUGAUUACAAAAAGUAUCUUGCCCAAGAGCUGCGGUUCCAAAACGAUUUUAAAGAGGCAGUCAAGCGAGACCAGGGAAAAGGUGUUCGAAAAAAGUCGCCUUAUACAGUCAGCCUCAUAAGCCAACUGCAAGCCUUGGUCAUUCGUGAUGUACAACUUACUCUGCAAGAUAGGAAGAGUCUAGUUUUUGAGUGGGCGACGGCGCUAUCAAUAUCUAUCGUCAUCGGUAGUGUUUUUUUGGAUCAACCUUUAACCACUGCUGGCGCUUUUACAAGGGGUGGAGUGAUUUUUAUGGGGCUUUUAUUUAAUGUCUUUAUGUCCUUUUCUGAACUUCCAAAACAAAUGCUGGGAAGGCCAAUUAUGUGGCGACAAACUUCAUUUUGCUUCUACCGCCCUGGAGCACGUGCGUUGGCCGGUGCAAUAGCAGAGAUCCCAUUUUCUUUGCCAAAGGUUUUCAUUUUUUCAUUGAUUCUUUACUUCAUGACCAACCUGAAUCGUACUGCGUCUGCCUUCUUUACUUACUGCUUAAUCGUUUACAUGGGUUACUACACGCUCAGUUGCUUUUUUAAAGUUUUGGGAGCGAUCUCCUUCAGCUUCGACACGGCUUCAAGAUUAGCCAGUUCUUUGGUCAUCUUAAUGACGAUCUACAGCGGAUACAUGAUUCCAAGACGCUCUAUGAAAGAUUGGCUCAUUUGGAUUUAUUAUAUGAAUCCAGUCAAUUACGCAUUUUCAGCAUUGAUGGGCAAUGAGUUUGGUCGAAUCAGUUUAGCUUGUACAGGUGAUUCAAUCGCUCCUCGGGGUCCAGGCUAUCCAGCUAACCUUGGCGUGAAUCAAGCGUGCACUGUCUUGGGAUCGAGACCUGGAAGCCCAGACGUUAUCGGUGAAGACUACAUCCGCAGCAAUUUCUCAUAUUCUGAAUCGCAUGUUUGGAGGAAUUUUGUUAUUGUGUGCGCCUUCGCGGCCCUUUUCCUCAUUCUUCUCUUUAUCGCCGUUGAAACUUUGGCGCUGGGGUCUGGAAGCCCAGCAAUCAACGUAUUCGCAAAGGAGAACGCAGAACGCAAGACGCUGAAUGCAAAACUACAAGAGCGAAAACAAGAUUUUCGGACUGGCAAAGCGACGCAAGACUUAUCAAGUUUGAUACAGACUCGCAAGCCCUUCACAUGGGAAGAUUUGAGCUAUAGCGUAUCUGUUCCCGGUGGUCACAAGAAACUGCUUACAAACAUAUACGGAUACGUUAAGCCGGGGACAUUGACUGCUUUGAUGGGCUCCUCUGGAGCAGGUAAAACCACCUUACUAGAUGUAUUGGCAGAUCGCAAAACAACAGGGGUAAUUAGCGGUGAGAUUUGCAUCGCGGGCCGAAAACCCGGUGCAGACUUUCAGCGAGGAACGGCAUACUGUGAGCAGCAAGAUGUACAUGAAUGGACAGCCACCGUUCGCGAAGCCAUGCGAUUUUCAGCGUAUCUUCGCCAACCAGCAGAUGUAUCAAUUGAAGAAAAGAACACAUACGUCGAAGAGAUGAUACAACUUCUCGAGCUCGAAGAUCUUGCUGAUGCUAUGAUUGGAUUUCCUGGGUUCGGCCUUGGAGUGGAAGCGCGAAAACGGCUCACAAUCGGCGUUGAGUUAGCGGCCAAACCACAGCUACUUUUAUUUCUCGAUGAACCUACGUCUGGUCUUGAUGGGCAGAGUGCCUAUAACAUUGUCCGUUUUCUACGAAAGUUGGCAACCGCUGGCCAGGCGAUUCUAUGCACAAUCCACCAGCCAAACGCACUGCUAUUCGAAAACUUCGACCGCUUGCUUUUGCUCAAACAGGGAGGUCGGUGCGUCUACUUUGGUGACAUCGGUCAUGAUUCUCAUGUCAUCCGGUCGUAUUUUGAGAAAAACGGAGCGAAAUGUCCGGAAGAUGGUAAUCCUGCGGAGUUUAUGCUGGAAGCCAUCGGUGCUGGGACUUCAGCGCAGUACGGCGGUACCAAAGACUGGGCGGAUCGCUGGGUAGAGUCUCUCGAACACGCUGAAAACAUGCGUGAAAUAAAGCGUUUGAAGGAACAGUCGCUGAAAGAACACUCUCAACAGGGGCCUUCCGUCAAAGAGAUGAAAUAUGCUACCUCAUUUGUUUACCAGUUAAAGACUGUUGUUGACCGGACGAAUUUGAGCUUUUAUCGCAAUGCAGAUUAUGAAGUCACGCGGGUAUUCAAUCACGUCGCCAUAGCACUCAUUACAGGCCUGACCUUCUUGCGUCUCUCCGAUGGAAUUGGAGAUCUACAAAAUCGCAUAUUUGCUGCUUUUCAAGUGGUCAUUUUGAUUCCUUUGAUUACAGCCCAGGUAGAACCUACGUUCAUAAUGGCGCGGGACAUCUAUUUGAGAGAGUCUUCCUCUAAAAUGUAUUCGCCCGUCGCUUUUGGAAUCGCCCAGUUUUUGGCUGAGAUGCCAUACUCUUUGGUUUGCGCAAUCGUCUUCUUCAUUCUGUGGUACUUUCUUGUGGGGUUUCAGGGCGCCAGUGAUCGAGCAGGUUAUGCAUUUCUCAUGGUUGUUGCCCUCGAGACAUACGCCGUUACUCUUGGGCAGGCUAUUGCUGCUCUAUCUCCCAGCAUGUUUAUUGCGGCUAAAGCGAACCCCCCUGUCAUCGUGACUUUGACCUUGUUUUGUGGAGUUACUGUGCCCAAGGCUCGACUACCUGGGUUCUGGAGAGUAUGGUUGUACGAAUUGAAUCCCAUCACCCGAUUCAUCUCUGGAACGAUUGCCAACGAGAUGCAUGAUUUGCCCAUUGCCUGCAGGAAUGAGGAAUACACGGUUUUCCAACCACCUAGUGGUCAGACUUGUGCUCAAUGGGCGGGACCAUUUGUCAGUUCUUUUGGUGGAUACUUGCUCAACGGCGAAGUCAGCUCAGAUUGCCAGUACUGUCAAUUCUCUAAUGGAAAUGAAUACCUGAGGAUUAAUGACAUGAGGUUUGAGGAUCGAUGGAGAGAUUUUGGAAUCUUUGUGGUUUACAUUGCUGCCAACUUGGUGGUGAUUGUUUUGGGCUCACGUUUCUUGACUCACAUUUAUGCCAAGAGAUGAAACAAAAAAAGUUAAUUAACUACUAAUCUCUAGGGCUAACAAAUAGUCAGGCAUAAAAGCAUGUUGGAAAGUUUCAAGAUCAAUAAGUACUAUUGUUAUACAAAUUAAUAUUUGCAAGUUAAUUUCACUAGUUGAUUCAAUUCAUUGUAACCUCCAUAAACUAAGA